AUGAACUUUUUAAAUAAAACUUUUUUUAUAAAAAAAAUUAAGUAUUAUUACAGCAGCACUAAGCUUGAAAACAUUAUUCCUCUUUAUGAAAGAAAAAGUAGAAUAAAAUUUAAAAAAGAAAAAUUACUAAAAAAAAUAAAAGUACGAAUUUUACAUUUAAAUAGAAAUAAGAAAACUUCAAAGAGGUAUUUGCCAUCAUAUAGUGAAAAUUUAUUAAAUGAUGUGUUCAAUCAAAGUACUAGAAAAAAAAUAUGUGAUACAAAUAACCCUUUAGUACUGGAAAAGGAUAUAGAUAUUCUUAGUACUCCUAUAUCUAGGAACGAAAAUGAUUUAGAUAAAAGUGAUUUAAUAAAAAGAAAAAUAGAAAUACUAAAUGGAAAAGCUUUAACGUUUAUGCACUUAAAAAAGUUAUACUUUCUUAUUAACAAGAAAGAAAAUGAAGUAUUAAUUGAGAAUCUUAACAAUUCUAAUUUUUUAAAAAUUUGCAUUUUUACAAAUAAAAAAAAUAUAAGAAACCAUUUGAUUGAAAAAGAAUUUUUAAAAAGAAUAAGUGAUACGGAAAUGAAAGAAAAUUCAUUUUUUAAUGAAAAUAACUUUUCUUAUAUAUUAGAAUAUAUUCAUUAUAUUGGGCUUAAUAAUAUAAAAAAUAUUCACAACUCGAAACAAGAAUGGAAUUUCAAAAAAUUAAAAAUUACAUAUAAUAUACUUUUAAAUAAUUUAACAAAAAAAAUAAUCUUAAAUAAUGAUCAAAUUAUUAAAAUAAUAUCUAUAAGUGAUAAAUAUUUAUAUUUUAAUAAAUAUAUAUUUGAUUACAUUGAUAGUACAAUACAAAUGAAUUUUAAUACAUUUAAUGAGCAUGAAAUAACAUAUAUAUGUAAAUACUUAAGUAAAAUGUUAUUUUUUUUUUCUAUUUUGCAAAAUAAUAUAAAGUACAAUAUUAAUGUUCAUAGAUUAAUAAAAAGAUAUAUAUGUAAAAGCGUUGUACUUUCAAAUAAUAUAAAUUUAUUAGAAUCAUAUAAUGGAAAUGAUAUAAAAAUUAUAUCUGAAAAUGAGAAUGAAAAUAUAUAUAUAGAUAUGAAAAAAUUAAAUGAUUUAGAACAAAUAACUAAAAAUAAUUUAAAUAACAAAAACAAUAAAAAUAAUAAAUUAAAUAAAUCAACUUCAGAAAAAAAAAAAUUAAGACACGAAAAUUUUAAAAUGCUUAUUAAAAAUAGUUCUUUUGUUAAUAUUCUCAAUAAAGAAUUAAAAAAUUAUUUACACGAAUUUAAGUACUACAACUUGAUAGAUAUUUUCGAAUUCUAUACAAUAUUUGAAAUAGAUAAUAAAAAUAUGAUGAUGAGAUUUAUAAAUGAAACAAAUAAGUAUAUUAAUAUUAUGAAAUAUGGUUAUCAUUCAAAAGCUUUAAUAUUAUUUAGUUUAAAUAGAAAUUAUUUACAAUUAGAAAAUGAAAAAACUAUUAGGAGGUUAAUUAGAAGAAUUCCUUAUAUGCUAAAUUUUCAUUGGCCAGUAGAAAUUAUUAUAGAAACUAUUAUUGCUUGCUCAUUUUUUUCUUGCAAAGAGAAAAUAUUUAAAAAUUUAUUUAUUUAUUUAAAAAAUAAUAUCAAAAAAUGCAUUCAUCCCAUAAUCUUAGAUAAUUUAUCAAAUUCCCUUGUUUCUAUAAAUAAAAUUAAUUUCGUAAUUUUUCAGCAAAUAUUAAGUUAUUUAAAAAAGAAUAUAAAGCUAAUAAAUAUUAGUUAUAUAAUAAAUAUUUUAAAAAAUAUGUCUACAUUAAAUUAUAAAGAUUUUGAUUUUUUUUUUUUUUUUUUAACCUAUGAAAAUGUAUUUAAUAGAAUUUGCGAUUUAUCAAGACCAAUAUUGAUUAACUUUUUUCAUUUAAUAUAUCAAUAUAAUAAUUUUUUAGAAAAAAAAAACUGCAUAUAUAUAAAUGAUAUUUAUGUUAAGUCUAAUUUAUCUAUCUUCUACAUUGAAUAUAUUUUAUUUUUAAUGUUGAAAAAAGAAAACAAUUUCCUUAAAAUAAAUUCUUCACUUUUAGAAAAAAAUGAAGAAAUUUUGAAAGAAGAACAUGAAAUGCAACAUUCUCCACAAGAUUAUAAUUCCUAUGAAAAAGAAUUUCUUUUUUUGAAUAAAAGUAGUCAUAUAGAUAUAAUUAAGAAUAAAGACUAUAUAGAAAAAGAUAAUAAAACUAUUUGUAUAGACAACAAUAUGUCAGAUAAAGAAUGGAAUACAUAUGAAAAAGAGAAUCAUAUAAAAGAAAUGAAAGAAAAUAAUAAUACAGAGAAAUCAUUUAAGGAGAUACCAAUAGAAAGUGAUGGCAAUACUACUGUGAAUAGUAUAAAAUAUAAUAAUAGUAAUAUAUAUAAUGAUGAAAUUCCCACUUCAUGUAUAGGCUAUAAAAUAUUUGAGCUGAAUGCUGAUAACUUUAUUUAUUUUCUAAAAGGUUUUAUAAAUUUGAAAAUCAUCAAUUUCAAUGUUUUAUAUUAUUCAAUACAAUUUAUUCAUAAAAAUUUAAAUUCAUUCAAUGAAAAUCAUAUUAUUAUACUCUUUCAUUUUCUUUCUGAACAUUUAACUGUUUUUUCUUUUUUAGAGGAUUCUUUAAUACGAAAAACUUAUAGUUAUUUACACACUAUUGCAAAAAAUACUAUUCUUAAUUUACCUGAUUAUUUUCUACCUCAUUGUAUUUUUUCAGUUAUAACUUUUUAUUUUACUGAAAUCGUUUUGAAAAAUAAUAAAAGAAACGUCGAUUUAUUAGAAAAUAUUCUGGUUAUGUUUUGUAACAAAUUAAGAGGUGGACUAGAAGUAUUAACUGUAGAAAAUGAAGAAAAAAAAGUGAACCCUGAAUUAUUAAAUAUAAUUUCUGAGAUUUUGCAAAUGCUAUAUGUAAAAGUUGAGAAAAGAAUGCCUGAUGAUUUAUAUAAUUUUUGUAAGUAUAUAAAAGAAUAUUAUAAAAUAAACGAAAAUAUAGUAAAUGAUAAUAAAAAUAAACAAAAUUUCAUUUCAUUUUUUUCGAAUUUACUAAAAAAUAAAAAAAUUAAUCACUUUAUAAAAUAUUCUGUUUAUCCUUAUACAAUCGAUGUCGUAAUAACAAAUGAAGAUGAUGACAUUACACAGAAAAAAAGAGCAUUAGUCGUAAUAGAUAAAUUAGAUGAUAUAUAUUUAAGGCAAAUUCAUCUGACUGAUUUUUUUUAUAAUUAUUCAACAAAAAAUAUUACCAUUAGUGAAAAAGUUGAAAAUAAUAUCCUAAAAAAAGAAAAAAAAAUUAUUCAUGAACAUUACGUAAGCAAUACACUAAAACCGUAUGAAUCAAUAAGAGAAUGGUUUUUAAAUAACAAAAAUUUCUCUGUCUCUUAUGUAUCAAUAAGUGAGUGGAGAAAUAAGCAUUCAUAA